UUGUUUUUCCUUGGGAAAAAAGUCGAGGAACAAUGUUUGGAAAGGCGAUUUGAGUUAUAUUCUAUUUUUCUCUCAAGUGUAAACAAACAAUUUUAUAUAGGACAUGAAAUCUUUCGGAAUACCUAAACUAUAUUUCCGCGUCUUGAAGCUUGUUUGACGCUCCGUUUGGGAAUUCUUGAAGCUGCAGAGAUUGCAAGGCGGAAGAAGAAGGGAAUUUCGAAGGGACGAACUGAGAGAGCCAAGUGAUGGCUCCGGAUUGAUUUCACCAGAGCUUUGCAAUGUUUUUAAACUUUAUUCGGAUGCAUAUGAAAUCAUGUUUAUAUUUUAAAACACAGAUUAGUCUCUGUGUCUCAUUAAUGUCAUAAUUUGGACUGAUCAUUUGCGCUCAAGAAGCUCAAAAUGGCGGAGGGCUGGCCCAUCCCCCAGGCCCUGUUCCUGUUCAUAGUGAGUGUCGCGGGCCUGGACACUUGCCCUUCUCCCUGUACGUGUUCUGGUGGUCCAGGUGCAGCACAAUUGCUAGAUUGCAAUAGGAAGAGACUGACUGCUGCAGCUCUGGAAGCUCCAGCCUGGAUCACCCAUGCGUCUAUGAAUCAGAAUGAACUUACAGCGGUGCCUUUUCUUGGAGAUGUCUCAUCCAACAUCACAGUGCUGUCACUUGUUCAUAACCGAAUCUCAGAAGUCGUGGCGGAGCAGCUGUUGCCAUAUUCAUCUCUGGAAAGUCUAGAUUUGAGCUCUAAUUCUAUAUCUGAGCUUAAGGCCGGAUCAUUCCCUCCCAUGCAGCUGAAAUAUCUCAACCUGAGCAAAAACAAGAUAAGUUCCUUGGAGCCCGGUUGUUUCGGAAACAUCAGCUCCCUUCUGGUGUUGAAGAUAAACCAGAACAGACUCUCUGUGCUGCCUGAUAAAGUCUUCACCCUCUCUCAGCUCCAAGUCUUAGAGUUGAGGCGCAACAGGAUUCGUGUCGUGGAAAGUCUCAUUUUCAAAGAACUGAAGGCUCUUAAAUCAUUAAAGAUGCAGCGCAACGGCAUCACAAAGCUGAUGGAUGGAGCUCUCUUUGGUUUGGAAAACAUGGAGGAACUAGAGUUGGAGUAUAAUAAUCUGACAGAGCUGAAUAAGGGCUGGUUGUAUGGCCUGCACAUGCUCAGGAUUCUGCAGGUAAAUCAGAACAAUAUUGGACUCAUCCGAGCCGAUGCCUGGGAGUUUUGCCAUCGCCUGGAGGAGCUGGAUUUGUCCUUCAAUCACUUGAGUCGUCUGGAGGAUUGGGUGUUUUCUGGUCUCAGUCUCCUGCAGAGUCUCAACUUGGGUGACAAUCAAGUCUCACACCUGGGAGAAGGAGUGUUCAGCAGCCUGGCUAACGUCCGCACAUUGGACAUCCGUAAUAAUGAAAUAUCUCUUGCCAUCGAGGACUUCGUUGGCAUGUUUGUGGGUUUGAAGAGGCUGAACUCGCUAGUUUUACAGAAUAAUAAAAUCAGGACCAUCACUAAGAGAGCGUUCGAGGGUCUGAUGGAGCUGGAGCAUUUGGACCUGAGUAAGAAUGGCAUCAUGUCUAUUCAUCCUGAUGCUUUCACUCAUUUAAAACCUAAAACACUUGAUUUGAACACCAGCAGUCUCCUGUGUGACUGUCAGCUGCAGUGGUUGGGCCAGUGGUUGAUUGACAGUCAGUUCCAGCAAUCCUGCACUGCCGUCUGUGCUUAUCCUGCCUUCCUGGCAGGAUCUAGUGUGCUUGCUAUUAAACCAGAGGAUUUUGUCUGUAAUGACUUCCCUAAAUCCCAGAUCAGCGCUCAUCCCAAGACCGCCGUGGCCUUGCGCGGGACCAACGUCACUCUGAACUGUUCUGCGUUCAGUAGCAGCGAUUCUCCUAUGAGCACCGUCUGGCGCAAAGACGGAGAGGUGCUGUAUGAAGCUCAGGUGCAGAACUAUGCUCGGUACCAGGAUCACCGCCUCCUCUACACCACCGUACUCCACCUGCUCAAUGUCAAUUUCACAGAUGAGGGCCAGUACCAGUGUGUGGUCUCCAACCAUUUUGGGUCCAACUACUCCACUCUGGCCAAGCUCACUGUUAAUGAGCUCCCCACCUUCCUGAAGACACCCAUGGACCUGACCAUCCGCACCGGUACGGUCGCGAGGUUGGAGUGUGCUGCAGAGGGACACCCGACACCGCAGAUUGCCUGGCAGAAAGACGGCGGUAUCAAUUUCCCUGCCGCCCGUGAAAGAAGGAUGCAUGUCAUGCCAGACGAUGACACUUUUUUCAUUGCUAAUGUGAAGACACAUGAUAUGGGCGUCUAUAGCUGUACGGCCAAAAACGAGGCGGGCAGCCUGUCAGCCAAUGCCACUCUUACUGUGCUAGAAACCCCAUCCUUCCAGCGCCCUCUAGAGGACCGUAACGUUGCCAGAGGUGAGACUGCUGUCCUCCAGUGCAUAGCACGUGGUAGUCCUGCCCCCCGUCUCAAUUGGACCAAAGACGACGCUCCGUUGGUGCUGACGGAACGCCACUUCUUCGCCGCAGCCAAUCAGCUCCUCAUAAUCGUAGAUGCCAGCCCUGCUGAUGCAGGGAAAUACAUGUGUAUCAUGUCCAACACGCUCGGCACAGAGCGCGGUCAUAUCUACCUCAGCGUCUCACCCUCGGCCAACUGUGACCCGGUGACCAGCAUAUACAGUCAGGACGGAUGGACAACAGUUGGCAUUGUAGUGAUGGUGGUCGUCUGCUGCGUUGUCGGCACCUCGCUUGUGUGGGUCAUGGUCAUUUAUCACAUGAGGAGAAAGAGUGAAGACUACAGCAUAACAAACACAGAUGAGAUGAACCUACCAGCAGACAUUCCCAGUUACCUCUCAUCUCAGGGUACACUGUCAGAGCCUCAGGAGGGCUACAGUAACUCAGAGAAUGGAAGCCACCAGCAGCUUAUGCCAUCUCAUGCUAACGGUUACGUCCACAAAGGCACCGACGGAGUGUGUUACGGUGAAGUGAGCGGUGAUGUUGAUCCAGAUGCUAAUGGAAUGCUGGGUAGUCGUGUGGGCUCUUUCUUUGCUGAACGUAGCAGCUUCCACCGGAGUGAACCCAGAGAGGGACAGGCAAAUGUCCCUAAUGGUGGGCCAGGCCCUCUAGUCAUCUGCUCAGACUGCUACGACAACGCCAACAUCUACUCGCGCACGCGUGAGUACUGUCCAUACGCCUACCUGACAGAGGAUGACCCACUUGUGUCUCAGAUCUCUCGGGAUGGACACCAGAGCAGCCAUCAAGAGCGGGAUCAGCACGCAGACACGGCACUGGAGAGUUUUAUAAGUCAGCAGAAUGCCUCUGUGUUCCUCACCAACCAUGAACCACGACUACCAGCGUCACAACACUAUAGCACUGAUGUCCCAGGCAGGUCAUUUUGGGAUGGUGAAGAAACCCACUCUUCUAUCCUCACCCAGGGCUCAGUGACUGUACAUAAGCCCCCGAUGGGUCUGUCCGCUGGGGACGGCCAAGAGGAGAGGAGGGGGGCACUGGAGGAAGGCUCAUACAGGACUAACCCACAGGAAAGCGCCUCUGCGCCCACAUAAACCUAGCCAGCCCCGUCUUCCCAACUCCUUUUGACCCCAAACAUCACCACUUUGUCCUUCAGUCACCUCCCAGUGCCCUCAGCCCACUACCUCCUUUGAGAAGCCUCAUUGUCUGCCAAAUGAAAUGCCUCUCUCUUCAAUGUUUACACUGCCUCUCCUGUCCCUCCCCACCAUCUUCCUUUGUAGCUCACUGGGAUGUGCGUGUUUUGUGGAAAACUCUUUCAAACAAGAGACAGAAUUCCUGCCUUCACCAUUCCUCAGCUAACCGGACUGGUUUGAGCCCUGAAUGUAACCAUUUCCAAGAGCUCCACUAGUCCUACCGUAACAUGUGACGUACAAAUUAUGCCAUGUUUGGUUUUCCCACCUACUUAAGAGUGUUGAACCUGUUUGCAUAUGCCAAAGCUUGACCCAGACUCCCCUAUAACUUGCUUUUGCUCUGGUACAAGACCUGUACGAAUACUGACUGUGAAGAUUGGACUGCCAAAAGAGGGCAGUGAUGUUCUCUGAGUGACGUCAGAGAGCCAGUUACUGUAUUGCAUUUCUUAUUCCUAUUGGCAAGCAGUAUGGACUGAUGACCAAUAAUAUGUUAAUAGAGUUGACGGCUCUGUUGUUUCCACUGUUAUUGUAUGCCGGAGUUACUGUUAUUUGUCAUUAAUAAUGCUUUUUUUUGUGUGUAGUGCUUCUUACAAACCUAAACACAUUCCUUAAUUUCUCUUUCUGUUUUAAGGCACAAUAGCAGACGGUAAGAAAAACCGGAUAUGUUGCACCUUUGACAAUCUGGCCGGGACAGCCUUAUAUGAAUCAUGAUAUGCUAAUUUUUUAUUUUUACACUUCUUUCCCAUAUUAAGCUUACGUAUUGUUAUUUUUGUGACAGAAUAUCCAUUUUAAUUGUGAAAAAUUAAAAUGGAUAUUCCCCCCCCCCAUUUGCAUUCUUGCAAAUGCACAUCUAGUAGAAUUGCAAAUUUAUUUGAUUGAUCAGCAUGACUGAGCACCAGUGGUGUGUGUUUGGGGCGGGGCUACAUUCUGACUGAUCAAUAGGAGAGUGGGGGAGCAUUUGAAAUUUUUUGCAAUUCCAUUUGAUGCCCUAGUAGUGUAGAAAUCACUCGGUUCACCUUUAAAAUGUGUAUAUGCUGCAUUUGAAAUCCGUUGUUACUGCUGGAUCAAACUGGUCUCGACUUAUCAAGUUCUUUGCCUUUUUUGUUGUGAACCUCAGAUAGGUGUUCAGAUCAUCGUCUUAAUUUGAGGUUUGAGAAUAAUUUUGACAGUUAGGAUAGGAAUAGUCAUGCCUAGUCAUUUUUAUUGUUUUGGCCUUAGAAGUACAGCUGGAUUUAGAAUUUUUUGCCUGUAAACGUUGUCUUAAGAGCCUGUGUCCAAAACCAAAGCUACCUAACUGUCUUGCUGCCCACUCAUUCAACAGACACCUUUUCAGGAAACACAUUUCAGUCCAACUUUCUGGGCACUGUAACAUCACGUCUAAUGAUCUUGAACAAAUUCAGAGAUUAGCAAGGUCAUAUUUAAUGACCACAGUUCUUAUUUCUCAGUAGAAAGUGGUGGGGGGGGAUUAUAAAUUGGAAUUUAGUCACUCAGUCAGUCCAAAUGUAUUUUUUAAACUUAUGCCGAACUGCAUAUACCGGAUCUUGGUGGACAGGAUGUUAUGCAACCAUUUGAUUCAAAUACCUCCAGAUCAGCAUUUUUCAGGUUUCGGACACAUCCACUACUUUGUUUUUAAAUGUGCUGUCACAUUUACAUUUAUGUGGCAAAAUUCUAUGGGGAAAAUGCAGUCGUGUCAAUAGGAAUCUGUGCGAUCUGGAAUUUGUGUUAGCCAAAACAU